CCUUACAUUCAUUCAUUAUUUACAAUAAUUUCAUUAUUGACUUUUGACUCGGUUUGAGGGUGCUUAAAGAAUAAUUUUGUUUUGCAGGUCAGAACUUGGAUUGCCAUAUACAUAUAUAGGCCUCCAGAAGACUUCGAGAGUGAAUGAGUAGUUGAGGGCAAAUCUUUUGAUUUGUGGGAAUGAUGGUUCUGGAGCUUCUUACCAACCAAGCCUUUGGCAGAACAUCAUCCUACGUCGGAAGUUGGCAAAAGGAUCCUAAUCUUUUCAGCCUUCUUCAGGAAAAUAAUUUUAAGCGUUGCGUGCGCUCUGUGUGGGGCAUCUCAGACAGGCAAAUUGAACUUGCUUUGAAUUUUAUUCAUAGCUUUUUGAUGUCCGAUCGAAGACUGAGAUGGAAUUCUGGAAAAGCAGCUGACCAUUGCUUCCUUGAGGAUGGUAGUCAGAUCGGAGAGGGGCCUUAUCAAAAAUGGGGCAUUUUUUGUAGACAUGACGGUGAAGAAAGUCAUGAGAGUAAUGUGAAUAGGAAUCGAGAUGAUUCAAAACGCCUCGUGAACAUCGUUCAAUCACAAGUACAGCCGCAGAUGGAUUCAUUUACCAACAUUGCAGACCUUACAACUGCUAGAUUGACUGCGUAUACGCAAGGAUUGCUCAUGACGCCUAGUAAAGCCAAAGAUGUACACAGAGAGCUCAUCAUUUGA